AUUUUGUUAUUUUCAUUCAAAAUAAAUAAUUUAAUGCUGUUUAUUAUUUAUAUUUUCGAUAUUUAAUUGUUUAUUGUUAAUAGCAAUAUGCAGUAAAUAAUCGGUACUCUUUAAAUAGUAUUGGAGAGAUAAUCUGCAUAUUCAUAUAAGAUAUUUAUUUUUGAACAAUAUCUACUUUAUGGUACUUCAGCCCAUUGAAUAUAAUUAACAGAAGUUAAUGGCAUUAAUGGGUACUAAUGCUUGAUCAGAAAAUAUAAUAUACACACAUGCCAAAUACUUUUCUCAAAAAUGUCUAAGCCAGCAAAGAAUACAGAUGUUAAGGAAGAAGAACCGUUUGGUUUGGGUUGCGCCUUGGAACACUUUUCCGAGCACGAGGAAGUUUUUAAAAUGAUAGAUAACCUCAAAAAUAUCGUACACAGUGAUACCUCGGUUGUUGAACGAGCUUAUGAAAAGUUUUCUUUCAUUCUAAAUCAGUAUAUCGAACAGCCUCAUUUAAUAGAUUCACAUAUCAGUGAACUGUUAGAGAAAUGUAUAGAGAUUACUCGAAAUGCCGAUAACGCUAUCGAAUUAAAACAUUUAGCAUUCAAAUUUAUGUACGUAGUAGUUAAUGUGAGGGGAUAUAAGGUUAUAGUAAGACACUUGCCUCACGAGGUAUCAGAUCUCGAACCGGUACUGCAACUUCUUGAAGCCCAAACACCUGACGAUCCAGAUACGUGGACGACACGUUAUAUAUUGUUAUUAUGGCUGUCUAUUAUCGUAAUGAUACCAUUUCACAUGUCCAGAUUCGACGGCUUCGAUAAGGACGGAUCAAAUAAAUCGAGCGUGAUGGAGAGAAUCUUAACUUUAAUCAAGACGUACGCGGUCGUUCCGGACAAGUGUAGAGACGCCGCUGCGUAUUUGUGUCAUCAGUUCAUAACACGAAGCGAUGUUAAAGAGAAACAUUUAUCAUCAUUCAUCGAAUGGUCUAAAGAACUCAGCCUUUCGAAUGACAGCAACGUUUUUAUAAAAUACGGCGUCUUAGCUUGUAUAUCGACAAUUUUAAAACACGGCAAACGCGAAGAUCUCUUACCAUACGCUACGAACUUGUUGCAGUGGGUCGUAAACGCCGAAUUUAAAAAUUUCCCGGGAGCGAAUAUUCAAAAAUUGGUGUAUAAAAUAAUUCAGAGGAUCGGUUUGACGUUCCUCGCUCCUCGAAUAGCCGUUUGGCGGUACAGAAGAGGAAACAGGUCUCUAGCUGCUAACUUAAGUUCGGGCGAUAACAAAAUUUGCGUUGUUAGCUCGACUUCCAAAUCGUCGGAUGAUAUCGAACCUGAAGACCAGAUCGAUAUACCGGAUGAAGUUGAGGAAGUAAUGGACCAAUUGAUAUUGGCCUUGAGAAGUAUAGAUGGCGUGGUGCGAUGGUCUGCUGCUAAAGGAAUUGGUAGAGUAACCGGACGGUUACCUAAAGAUCUUGCAGACGACGUUGUGGGUUCCAUUUUGGAGCUGUUCAACCCCAGGGAGACCGACAGCGCAUGGCACGGAGGCUGUCUAGCUUUAGCCGAGUUGAGCAGAAGAGGCCUUCUGCUACCAGAACGAUUACCGCAAGUAGUACCAGUCGUGGUGAAAGCUUUGGUUUAUGACGAACCAAGGGGAUAUUCUUCCGUAGGUUCUCACAUACGAGACGCAGCUUGUUAUGUUUGUUGGUCGUUUUCUAGGGCGUACGAAAGUGAUGUACUUGCGCCGUAUGUUAAAGAUAUCGCUAGUACUUUACUGAUUGUAACUUGUUUUGAUAAAGAGAUUAAUUGUAGACGCGCUGCGUCUGCUGCUUUCCAGGAAAAUGUUGGUAGACAAGGAAGUUUUCCACAUGGGAUUGAUAUUCUUACGACAGCAGAUUUCUUCUCUGUUAGCGUUAGGAGUACAGCGUUCUUAAAUAUUAGCGUUUAUAUUGCACAAUUUGAAGAAUAUAAUAUCGCUUUAAUCGAUCAUUUGGUUACUAGGAAGGUCGAUUAUUGGGAUUCUAAUAUUAGGGAACUAACUGCGAAAGCUUUGCAUAAUUUGACGUCGAAGAAUGCUGAUUUUAUGAUAUCGUCGGUGUUACCUUCGUUGUUAGAAAAAACUUAUUCGAUAGAUUUGAAUGCAAGGCAUGGAAGUAUUUUAGCGAUUGGUGAAAUAGUACUAGCACUGUCUUAUAUUGCAAAAUUGGAGAGUUUGUUAAAAGAAGAUUUGUUAGAAAGUAUCAAAUUGAUUAUAUCGAAAUGUAGAGAUAAAUUCUAUUUUAAAGGUUUAGGAGGGGAAUUAAUGAAACAAGCUUGCUGCGAUUUUAUUCAAAAAUGUUCCCUCGCCCACAUGCCUUAUCACGAUGAUCCAGUAAUUGAUGAUUGGCUUCAAUUACUAAAUGAAUGCAUUUCGUACGAAGUCGCAACGAUUCGUUUAGCAGCUGUAACAGCUUUACCUGCAUUACUACAAGAAUAUUAUUUAACGAAAUUAGAAAUAUGCGAUACAAUUACAAAACAAUACGUAAACGAAUUAAUAAAUACGACUAGUGAACAAAGCCGGAUGGGGCAUUGUCUUGCAUUGGGAGCGUUAUCUAAGCCGAUUUUAGAGAGGAAUUUAGAUUUCGUUGUCACCUCUUUGAUACGAUCAAUGGAGCCGACUCCCAUUUCCGCGAAAUGGGCUGAAAGUCGUAGAGAUGCUGUUAAAGCUUUAACUUCAGUUACUUUACUAAUGGGUGAUAAUAUUGGAAAAGAAUUCACCGAGAAACAUAUUACUGAUAUUUAUAAUACGUUUUUGGAAGGUUUAAUGGAUUAUACUGUCGAUAAAAGAGGAGAUGUAGGUGCUUGGAUUCGGGAAGCGUCAGUUCUUGGUUUACAAGCUAUAACUUUGUUACUAGCUAAGAUAUAUCCGAAAAUUCUAACUUCUGAGUUAGUAACCGAAGUUUUAUCUAGAAUAGCGCAACAGGCUGUCGAAAAAAUUGACCGGACAAGAGCUUUAGGUGCGCAGGUAUUUUAUAGUUUUAUACAUUCCGAUCCGAGUAUUCCGAAUAUACCGCAUCAUAAUGAUUUAAUUAGAAUCUUCCCUAAAGAGGAAUGCGAUGUAUUAAAUUGGAAUUCUUCCUCAGUUACUUUUCCGAAAUUCGUACAACUAAUUCAUCUACCGGCUUUUAUCUACAGCGUUAUGGUCGGGCUGGUUUGUUCUGUCGGAGGUUUAACAGAAACGUUGGUAAAAGAUUCCAGUCUAUCUUUCUUUACUCUACUCAAAGCGGAUUUGAAACCGGAGUUUAUACAAGAAUUAUGCGAUAUUAUAUUAAAAAUAUUCGAUAAUUAUCGAAAAAUCGACAGGAUUAUAGUACCGAUGUUUCGAUUUUUGGAUAAACUAUUCGAUUCUGGAAGUUUCGAUUCGGUUACUUCAGAAGAGAAUUCCGAAUUCAUGAAGAAACUACUCAAAUUAGUUCAAUUCGAAAUAUCAGGCUGUAAAGAUAUUUAUAAACUAAUAGAUGGGAUUAACGUUUUAUGCCAGUUUAUACAGAUGAAAGGGGCAAUAUCGGAAGUGGCGCUGGUUCAAUUGAGCAUUCUUCUAUGCCAUCGGCAGUCUUACGUCCGAAGAACUACUUCUAAUAAAGUAUACGAGGCUUUGUUAGUUUACGGGGAAGAAAGUAGAAUGAGUCCUGAAAAUUUGGAGUCUGCGAUGACGAUUCUGAGUUCGACUGAUUGGGAAAAACCCGUGGAUCAAAUACGACCGAUGCGGAAUGAAUUGUGCGGAUUGAUGGGCGUAAGGGUGCCGGUUGCUGCAAAGAAAACCGCUUGAACUUUUGCGGGUUAUUAACGGACUAAUAACUAUUAAUAUUUAAAUACUUAUACUCACUCAAAGUGUUAUACUGACUGUUGCUUUAAGUAUUCGACAUACUCGAACAUCUAAUUAUUUAAUUACUGAUUUAUUUAGCCUUUUGAAAAUAUAAAUAAAUAUAAUUUUUAC